AUGUUCUCCAUCGCAUCCACAGCCGAUCCCACCGCACUCGAUGACGGCACGUAUCUCUUCGACCAAACUCACGAUGAUCUCCUAUCGUUGCCAAUGUCUAAUGAUAGCAUACAUCUGAAAGGCGGCAUCGCACCUAUACCUGGGUUUAGCAACCUGGGCUACGGCCGCGAAUCGAGUGCGUCGUCCGUGCAAUACGGCGAUUCUCGCGAUACAUCAGAACUGGGCACAAGUCACGAAGGGGAGGAGUCUACUCCAGGUGCAUUCGUUAAUGGAUAUGGAGCCAACUAUACACCUUCGCCACUGCAAAAACCAUUCACACCAAACUCAGGCAUCAACGGCCUGACUAAUAUCCCGAACAAACAUUCAUCGCAUCUGAAGGGCAGCGGUUCGCAUGCGAUUGUCAACGGAAACGACGCGAAACCUCACUCAUCAUUGAAAGACCAUCGAAGGGACGCAGCGUUUACGACAAGAACACCACAGAGCCUGAGUCGCACAUCACAUGCAUCUUCAACCCCCGAGCUUCCGCAGUCACACGAGCAGCCGAAGAAGCAUCGAAGGACAAACUCUCUUCCGGCGAAAGGAAAGGUCAUUGAGAUGAAGGCGAAUUCAAGCAUACCUGCAGAGCUUUCCUGGCCAGAGUUUGGUAGGCAAUGUAUCCUAGCAGCAGAGAACAGUCGGCUCAACCCAUUCACUCUACAUCCUGCUGAGUACGAGCUAUUACGAGAUCAUGUAACUCACGCCCAGGUUACCAUCUACCUAAACAUCAGGAACGCGAUACUUCGCUUGUGGCAUCGCAAUCCUCUGGUAUACGUCUCUCUCGAAGAAGCGGCGGGAUGCGCUCGUGACAAGCGUUAUUUUGGCCUCGCGAAGGUGGCACACUUGUGGCUCAUGAGGAACGGAUACAUCAACUUCGGCUGCGCUGAGGUGCCUAAUACUACUGGUACACUACCCAAGUCGAAAGCCAAGGUCGCGCGAAGACGGACCAUAAUCGUGGUGGGUGCGGGUAUGUCAGGGUUAGGAUGCGCUCGCCAUCUGGAAGGACUGUUCGCCCAGCUUGGUGAUCAGUUGACAGAAGCAGGAGAACUGCCACCUAAGAUUACUGUCCUUGAAGCUCGCCCACGCGUUGGAGGCCGUGUCUAUUCACACCCUUUUCUCAAGCAGUCCGGCUCUACACUCCCGCCUGGGCAUCGCUGUACAGCUGAGAUGGGCGCUCAGAUCGUUACUGGAUUCGAACACGGCAACCCGUUGAAUUCGAUCAUCCGAGGUCAGCUCGGCAUACCCUACCACGGUCUUCGCGACAACACUAUACUCUACGACUACGAUGGCACGGUUGUAGAGAGGGGUCAAGACAUCUUGGUGGAGAAGCUAUACAACGACGUCCUCGAACGAGCGGCAGCAUACCGAAACAAGCCAGCAGCUCAUAGGACAGUAGAAGGUGAUCGUGACCUGAUGGCCUUUGGCCGUGAGCCAGCUGAUGCUGGUGGUCCUACCGUCGCCGAAUUAGAACACUCCGAUGCUCCCCUUUCCGCAAACGCUGCGAGCACCGCGUCGAUGAAGCAAGAAAAACCGACAACAGGGGUGGAGAAGCUAGCUGGUAGGGCGUACCAACUCAGCGCUGGCUUCAACCCGGAUGUCACAGCAGCUGACACGGUGCAAAGUAUGGGUUGGGAACUCAAAGCAGGUGCAUUAGGGACGCAGUCUUUAGAUCUUGACACGAUUGCGAAAGCGUCCCAGUAUCCCACACUUGGGCAGACAAUGGACGAAGGUCUUCUUCAAUACCAAUCGCUUGUCGAUCUGAAGCCUAGAGACAUGCGUCUGUUGAACUGGCAUCACGCUAAUCUCGAAUAUGCGAAUGCAGUAAGCGUCAACCAGCUCAGUCUGAGCGGCUGGGAUCAGGACAUCGGCAAUGAGUUCGAGGGCGAGCACAGCGAGGUGAUUGGAGGAUAUCAACAAGUUCCGCGCGGCCUCUGGCAAUGUCCCAGUCAGCUUAACGUCCGUUUCAACACCCCUAUCAAAGCCGUUCAUUACAACAUCGAGGAGCAGCAUCUAGGCAAAGCUGUCAAGAUUGAGUGCACGAACGGCGAUUUUUACGAGGCCGACCAGGUUGUUUUGACAACCCCACUGGGAGUGCUGAAGUCCGGGUCAAUCAAGUUCGAGCCUCCUCUACCUGACUGGAAGCAGGACGUUAUCGAACGAAUGGGUUUCGGUCUCCUCAACAAGAUUGUUCUCGUGUACGAAAAGGCCUUCUGGGAGCCAGACCGAGACAUGUUCGGCCUGCUCAACAAAGCAGAAGAGGAAGCCAGCAUGCGACCCGAAGACUACUCUGCGAAACGCGGACGAUUCUAUCUCUUCUGGAACUGUAUCAAAACAAGCGGAAAGCCAGUGUUGAUAGCGCUGAUGGCAGGCGACGCUGCUCACUACGCCGAAGCGACAUCGAACGAUCAGCUCGUUAAAGAGGUCACGGACCGGCUCGACGCGAUGUUCGCACCGAACCACGUUCCACUCCCAACAGAAGCGAUAGUGACGCGUUGGAAGAAAGAUCCGUUCGCCCGCGGCAGCUAUUCAUACGUCGGGCCACAGACACAAGCAGGAGACUACGAUAUCAUGGCGCGACCCCAUGGCCCACUACAUUUCGCAGGAGAAGCGACUUGUGGUACACAUCCCGCAACGGUGCACGGCGCUUACCUGUCAGGCCUUCGGGUUGCUGCGGAGGUUGCUGAGACAAUUUUCGGACCUAUCAGAAUACCCAGCCCACUUGUUGAAAAGAAAGUGGUCAAGAUCGAACAGUCGCCAGGGACACCCAGCGUCGAGACGAAACGCCGAUUCGAGCCUGCCGUUCCAGCAUCAACGUCGAAGUCGAGAGACAACAAAUCUGGGCGGAUACAACGCGACGAAGACUAUGAAGCUGCCAUUAUAGGGGCUAUAUUGGAACAGAUUGGUGAACGGCCAAUCAAGCCAGGACGUACGGGCGUCAACCCGUUCCUGCUUUUCACCAAAGACUUCUGGUACAUCUGCAAGCAGGAGUGCGAUGACGCCCACAAAGCUAGGACAGGCAAUCCUGAAGCCAAAGCACCGAAGCAAGAGAUCCGUAAUGCUGUGGGCUUACGGUGGCGCACGGCAGAGCAAGAAGUCAAGCAGCCCUACCUCGACCAAGCCAGCAACGCACGAGACGACGCGACGGCAAGCACAGCAGAUUUCAAGGAGCGCGUAGACACGUGGGACAAAGAAGCCGCACGCAUACGGCGCGAGUACAUCCAGGCCAACCCGCCAGAGGGUGGAAACGAGGAGCUCAUUCUUAACAGCCGCACAGCUAUCGAGCUGGGAGCCGGCAAGCGAUUGCGGAGACUCUAA